AUGUCGACUCCAUCUCUGUCUGAUGGGCAGCUUACGCCAACUGAUACCGACCCAGAUCUUUGCUUCUCCUCAUCAGAAGAUGAUCAUAUAUGGCCAACUGCCCAGGAUGUCGUCGAAAUGUCAAUUAUGCUCAAUGGAAGUGCUCUUCCUUUGUCGUGGUCUCGUGAAACUCUAAAGAGACUACCAAUGGGAACUCGUCCUAUAAAGAUGAUUGGCGAAGGUGCUGCCAACGUUGUCUUCGAGCUGGGCAUUCCAGAAGGAAAUAUCAAGGCCAAAGAGUUCAAAGGUUGGCUUCUUCGUGUUGCCAAAGCCCCUGCAAGUGGCCAGCCCGCCAGAUUCAAUUAUUUAAAACAGCAAGAAUUCUACGCAAAGCAAAUCACGCCAUUUCUCAAAACUCACGCCAUUCAACAACAGCUUGUCGUCCUACGUAACACGAAUAUUAUCUCUCAGCUAAACGCAUAUCUACGGUCAACUGAUCAUCAGCGCAAGGAGAAGUUCAGGGGCUCCUUCGUGUCUGAAUCUAACUGGGGUCUUCUUGUCGAAGACAUGCGUAUCUCUGACCCUAACAGCAAACUUAUCGAAUUCAAGCCAAAGUGGUUGAAUCAAUCGCCAAGUGCUCCUCAGGGCGCUAUACGGUGUCGACAAUGUGCCAUGGAACUAUUCAACUAUAUUCGGGAUCCGAGCCCUUCAAGACAUACGCCAGAGCAGAAGCCUUGUCCUCUCACGCUUGCCAACCCUGGCGCUCCCCCUGAGAUCAGUUCACCGUUUCGUUUCGCUCCCAAGCUUGCUUCCAAGUGCAAUGACCCAAUGGUGCGGGAACUACUUGCGAAGACGGCCGACCACCAGGUUAUUCGUGAUCUUAGGUGGCUUCAGAAUCUUGCGGAUACCAAAGGUCCGCUAUACGCCGAAAAGAACGACCCCAUGUUCAGUCUGGCCAUGACUGUCCGCGAUUGUACGUGUUUCGUCCAGAUGAACCUAGGACCCGAUGUACCUCCCGAACAAAGACUUCGUGUCAGGCUUGGCGACUUCGAUCUAAAGGAUACCGACAUCAAGUUCAAACGAUGGACUUCGGCCGAGAAGGACCUAAUCGAGUCGGGUUGCUACACUGCUGACUGGAUCAUGUGUAACGGCCAGUACUACCAUCCUCCCACCAAAUGUCUUCUCGAGUGGAGCCGUCGACAGGAUCAAUCAGUGAGAAUCAUUGGCAUCAAGGCCAAAGGUUCUCAUCCCAAUAAGGCAACACAUUUCCCUAUCGAGGUCAUGACCAAGCAAGCUCUCGUGCACUGGAUGACAAGUAGCCCUGUCAAGCUCACGGGACUACUCAAGCCCGACAGGAAGGAUAAGCCAAGGACCGAAGUCUGCCCAUUUCGGAAUGAGCCUCCGAAUCUACUGAAAUGGCUGUCAAAAAAAGCAUAA